ACUGACGGUCCUUUCGGCGCUGUGUAUAUUCCUCGCUCGGUAAACACGAAGUGACCCCUCUCGUUUUGCAAACCAUCCCCCGGGUUCGCCCUGCGCUGUCCUCCGUGUUCUUUUCUUUGUCUGCCGCUCAGCCUGAGCUGCGCGGCCCAGCGACAUGCGCAGGCCAGGGAAGCGUAGAUUGAUGCGUUCAUAUCGCCGAGUGACCGCGUCGCUCCGGGAAGCCAAUAGGAAGCGACGCGGGAGGACGGGCACGCCAGAAGCUUUCAGCGGCGUCUUCGGCACGAGGUAGAUGCAGCGCCGCGUCGAAUGCACGGACGCCGCCACUGCUCGAUAACCACGGUCCGGCGAAAACCGAGAAACCGUCGACGUUCCUGCCGCAGAGCUACGCAGCCUGUCUGCCUAUCCCGCGGCUCGAGGUUGGUCCUCGGGCAAGAAAGCACUCACUACGCCCGCGGGAGAGCCAUCGUGAAGGGGCCAAAAUGAUGUUCCGCACUUCGAAAAUCCGGACGAGUCCUCUGGUGGCACCCGAGUCCAUGCUCAACGGACGGCCCAAGAUAAUACGCCUGUCGAAGUCCGCCUUUCGCAAGCACCGCUUUGGUGGUCGUGACGCUGCGGCCGCCUUCGCUGCCGCCAGCACCGGCCACGGCCUCCCGUGGCUGGCCAGGUUCCGAAAUCGCUGGCUGCCGAACAUCAACAAGAACGUGCUCCUUCCGGCGCUCAUCUCGCUGCGUAGCGUCGGCCUGCGCAUCAUAGACAGCAACGAUCACGUGAUCCUGUCGACCUGCUCCACGGUGUGGGCCAUCGUGUCUGUCGCCUUCCAGAGCGUCAACGUCUGCAUGACCAUCAUGGGGGUCGUAUCCAACAACUUUCACGGCUACCUGCUUGAUCAGGUCUCGCUGGUAUUGGCAACGCUGUGCUCGAUCAUCUGCUCGGUGUUGCUGGCGUUCAGCCCGGGGCGGUUGAAUGCGCUCAUCGAAAAGGUGGAGGACACGUUGUUCGAGCUGCACUGCCCGCGCGACCUGCGCCAGUACUGGAUGCCCAUCAGUCUGCUCACCGUGGUCGGCUGGUUGUACAUGGCGCUCAGGUUCGUCGCAGUCACCUGGGUGCUCGACAACCAGCCGCCAAGGGACGUCUUCAAGGGUGUAUUCUUCACGGAGGCGAGCCGCAAGUACUCGGAGAACACCCUGCUGUUCCUGGUGGCGCUCAUCUGGUACCUGAACACCCUGUUCGUCUACGGAACCCUCGUGUUCGUGCCCAUCCUGUUCAUCUCCUUCUGCAUGAUAUUGGCGCGAGCCUUCCGCGUACACAACGCCGUCAUACGCGACGUGCACCGAUCGGGCCGCUCGGUCGAGGCCGACACCCUCGCCCAGAUCCGCAUCUUCUACGAGCGCAUCUGCACCCUGGUCACCGACCUGAACGAGAUCUUCGGGCCGGUCAUCUUCUCCUGGUACAUCAUGAUCGUCCUCAGCGUUUGCAUCGACAUGACCCAGCUCUUCAGCGACACAAACCUGCUGAAGAACACCAAGGAAGACGAAGGCUUCCUCUUCAGCCUGCGCGGCAUCUACUCCCUCCUCUCCUUCCUGGGGACCUGCCUCGCCGCGUCGCGGGUGUCCGAGGAGGCGCUCGCGCCACUGCCGCACCUGCACGAGCUGACGCUGCGCAGCUGGCGCCUCGACAUGAACACCAAGAUGGAGGCGCACUUCUUCCUCAGUCGCCUCUCGUCGUCGCCGGUCUCGAUGACCGGCUGGAACUUCUUCACCAUCAAUCGCGGCUUUAUACUGAGUGUAUGCGCCGCGCUCACCACGUACGUGGUGAUUAUCAUCCAGAUGAAUCCCAAGGCCAUGAAGACCAUCAACAAGUUGGUCACCACGGCGCUCAACAACACUGGCAACGGGACCGCAUCUAGUGAAUAGAAUAUCUCGGGUGGAUUUAUUCUUACCUUACCGUAAUCAAUGCCGACGCAAGCGUUUUUUGCCGGAGACGAUACUGGUGGCUGUUUUCAGAACUGUUAUUUUUAAAAUCGUACGGUACAAAAAGUAUAUUACAACGUUCUUGCAUUACAACCACUCCCCAGCUUAUCAUCUGGUUCGAAGACAAAACAACCUCGGAUUUGUUUCCCUGCCGUCAAUAACAGUCCACAUAAAUAAGAAUACUACUAUGGUUUCGGCUAAAAGCAACUUUACUACGUAGAUAUCGCUAAAGGCGGGGAGUGAAACGGUAAAGUUUCGGCAUGAGGUUAAUGUGGCAAAAGUCAUAUGUUAUCG